AUGUAUCAAAUAUUUUUAAUUGCAUUUACAGUCAAACAUUUCUAUCAAAUAUUGGCACAACCAUCAGAACUAGCACGAGAAGUAAUACAUUUUUGUGAUCCAUCAAUACCCAAUGCUUGCGGUUUGGAAGGAAAAUGUAUGCGACAUUUAACUGGUAAUCGGUGUCGCUGUCCAUCCGGUCGUAUGGGUAUUAUGUGUCGCAGACCUUGUCAGGAUAUUUAUAAAUCAUGCGGAAGUUGGAAGGAACAGAAUCGAUGUCAAUGGGCUAAGUUUAUUUUACCAUUCUUUGAAGAUAAUUGCGCGGAAAGUUGUGGCUCAUGUCAAAAUAAUGGCCGAUCAUUAAAAAUUCCAUUACCUCCUAUUCUUGAACCAAUAUCAUGGUUGAUUGGCCGUUGGGAAACGGAAACAUCGGUCGGUGAUCGAUUUCCGGUACCAUUUGAACAUCCAUACAAGGAGGUUUUGGAUAUUUCACUUACCGAUGUGCCAAUGUUCGAUCGACCACCCGUUAAUGUUUCCAUUAGAGCAUAUACUAACGAGGGGUCAGAAUAUAAUGAAAUUGGCUUCAUAACUGGAAAACCGUUCCGUGAAUUUACCGGAUUCCAGGAAAACAAUAAACCGUUAACUGGAAAUGAUCAAGUUGCUAUUGAAAUGGUCAGCAAUACAG